UCUCGCGCGUACCGGAUCAGUUCUCUUCGUCGACGAACAAGCAUCCCAUACUCCGUUGGACAGUGGACACCGUCCACCGUUGUCAGCCCUGCGUGGUUGUUCUCGGGCAAUCAGUGAAGUGAACCUUGGGCUUUUUCUACUCCAAAAUCCGCUAAAGGCAAUUGAAAAUGGAAGCUAAUGUUGAUGAUCAAUGACAUGAUGCUAAAUCGAAAGGGGAGAAGGACGACCCUGUUCUACUACCAAAUAGAGAGUGAAAGACAACUGGAAAAGAGGCAGUCAACAAUAUGGUGAAGUAGAAGUGAGAGAGAGUGUUCAAAUAUCGGAUGUGACUUAUUCAUGAUGACUUGGAGUUCUUUGAUGAACAUCAUUGAAAGAGGGACAUGGCAACAAAACCAGUAGAUAGUAAUCAGCAAGCAACAAAUUCCACGCCUGUCCAGAAAACUGAUGAGGACCGAAUCACUGCAAGCCCUUCUGCUGCUGGUAUGAUAGAAACUUUAGAAAAUCAGUAUCACAAAAUUAAAGAGCACGCAGAAACUUAUCCUUAUGUGUGGGCUUCCUAUAUUGUUGUCUAUGGUGGCUUUGGCCUCUGGACUGCCUAUCGAUGGAGGAAGCUUCGCAAAACUGAGGACAGAGUUCGAGGUCUUCAGGCAAGGCUUAAGCAGCUUGUUGAAGCUGAAGAAUCUUCUGCUACUUCUACCAUGGCCGAGAAGGCUCCAUCCUCUUCUGAAAAGCCUGCAAAGUAGCCUGCAAUAUCACCCAAGAACAGUUUAGUUAACUGCCAACUACGUUACAUUUCCAUGAUCUGUGGAUGCCUCAUGAAAGAUUUUUUUCUUGUUCUUGGCUAACUCCAGUAACCAAGUCUGUUGAAGCAGCUAUGACUACACUAGAAGAUCUGAAUUUACAAUAAUACCUCAAAUUGUUAUUUAGCCUUCUGGUGACAAUUUUUUGGCACAAUUAUUUGUAGCAUCUCACCAUGUGCCGUCUUUGGUUCAGGAGAAUUUUUGUGGAGAGGCGCGCGCUUGCUGUGAUAGCAUAUUCCAAAUGUGAACUUGUAUGUUGCAUGGUUUUUGCCAUAUGACCUAAAUUUAGUUCAUUGAGAAGCUCAUCAGUUCAGAUUCAGUUGGGUUUAUCAGGGACUCACGGAGCCUUUUUGCACACUCGGGUUCAGAUUUGUGUACAAUCAUGAGGCAUUUUUUGGUAAACAGUCAUCAAGCAUGUUGAUUAAUUGCUGUUGCAAUAUCCCUGUGAUUUGGCAAAGAAUAGUGACACUUGUCUACGACGUUUGACCCCUGAAUCUUCGCAAGAAUAUAAAACUCCAGUCCCUACCAUUCGUGACGGAAUGUGCAGAAAUUUUAUUGAAAUGACUUGAAGGA